ACAAAUGAUUUCAUGCUACUUUACCUUCUUCUUUUUUAUUUGUCUUUAUUAACAAAAGCGUAAAGCAGAGACCUACUUCUUUUUUUUCUCCUGUUUCUUCCCGCGGUCAAAAUGCAAAAUGAAUGCGAAAAUCUUGUUACGCUCUAUAACGGGAGAGAACGACCACCGACAGAAGAUUCUAUAUGUAGUCUACUAGAAGCUAGAUAUAAGCUCAAUAUACCAUAUACUCAGUUAGGAUAUUCAAAUUUAAUUAUUGUCAAUCCAUUUCAGCCAUUAGAGUUAUUAAACGAUGCAACACUCAAGUUAUAUGCAGAUGUUGGAUAUAAAGACAUACAUGAUAAAAAGCCUCUUCAACCGCAUAUUUAUGAGAUGGCAACCAAAAUGUAUUUUUGUAUGAGAAGAACGGGUGAAGAUCAAAGUGUGAUACUAAGUGGCAUCACAGGCUCAGGCAAAACCACGACUCGAUCACAUCUUUUAUCAGAACUUUUAUACCUUUCAACACACAAUAACGCAGAACAUAAACUAGGCUUAAAAAUACAACAUGCGCACAUCAUCCUAGAAGCAUUUGGUCAGGCAUCUACAGCCCAAAAUAUAUCAGCUUCCAAAUAUAGUAUUUUUCAGGAAAUUCAAUUCAGUAAGCGUGGGCGGAUCUUGGGAUCGAGAAUGUUGACCUACCAAUUUGAUAAAACUCGCGUGACCAAUGUUCCAUCCAAUGAAAGGUCAUUCCACGUGUUUUAUUCGCUCCUCGCAGGCACAACAAUUGAAGAAAAGAACGCUCUACAUAUCAAUUACAAGCCGGAACAUUUCAACUAUUUGAAUCAGUCUAAUUGCUUGUCUUUGCCUCAUUGGCAUGAUGAAAUUCAAUUCAACAAUUUGAAAAAGGCGUUUAAAAUAUGUGGAUUCAAAGUGAAAGUAGUUACACAGAUAUUUCAACUCUUGGCUGCCAUUUUGCAUAUUGGAAACCUUCAAUUUACUGAAAACAGCAACUCCUUAACCACCGCCCAAGAGGCAUGUGUCGUGAAGAAUAAUGAUGUCUUGGAAACAGUAUCAAUGAUGCUUGGUGUAUCGCCUUCUAAAUUGGAAACAUGUCUGACCUACAAACUUAAAAUGAUCGGACGAGAACUUUGUACGGUCUUUCUAAAUCCUGAGGCUGCCGCGGAUCAAAGAGAUAGUCUUGCACGCACGCUCUACAAUGUUUUAUUCUUAUGGAUAGUAGAAUCAAUUAACCAAAGAAUAUGCUAUGCGGGCUCUGAUGACUCUGUAAACAUCAUUGGAAUACUGGAUCAGUUUGGCUUUCAAAAUCAUGCGUCUAAUGGAUUUGAACAAUUUUGUACAAACAUUGCAAACGAAUACCUAAAUUGCUUCUUUGUGAAUGAAGCAUUUGACAGAGAUAGCGAAUCAAAUAAGCUGAUGAUCAGCGAUGGUAUAACACUUCCCUCUAUCACUCUCAAUUUUGGUAGUUUUACUUGUCUGGAACUUCUUCUUGGCAAAGACAAGCAGGAACUUAAAAGAGAUAUGAUCAAGCAUCGUCAAAAAAGUCAACAGAGGUUCACAUGCUCGAAUGGGAUUUCUGGCCUUUUAAACAGAGAUACAACGAAACUGCAGGCUGGAGCAACUGAAGCAACAGAUGCCAACUUCUUGGCUGCACUACAACGUCAGUUUUUCACUCGCCCAUCUUUGUCAAGAAACCAUCAAACAUUCGCUUUUGGAAUCAGUCAUUUCUGUGGAACAGCAGAUUAUAAUGUUGAAAGCUUUUUACAAGAUAAUCUUGAUGAUGUGUCUCCAGAUUUUGUAAGCAUGUUCAAGGAUGGUAGUUCCAAUAACUUUGUAUCAGAUCUUUUCAAGAACUCGGCAAUGACAAUCAAGUCUCACCCCAAUGACGAUCGAGCUAUCAUUAAGGCACAGGUCAGCAGUAAACCACUGAGAAAGCCUUCGAUCAACAAGAGGUCUCCCAGAAGUGAUUCGGCCGAAACUCUUGCAAGUGAAAGCAACAAGAAUGAAUGUUCAACAUCUGAAAAAAAACAAGACACAGCUCCAAAGACAAUACAGCAGAAUACAGUCAUAGAUCAACUUUAUACCACUCUUUGUGACAUUACUUCAUCUAUAUCUGGCACUACGAUCUAUAAUAUUAUCCACAUCCGACCAAACGAUGUACAAUCAUCAACCGAGUUUGAUCACAAUCAAGUCAAAUGCCAAAUUCGUGCUUUUUCUAUACCCGAAUUAUGCGUACGCUAUCAGGUAGACUAUGCAUAUAGAUAUACCUUUGAAGAAUUUAUGGUGCGGUAUGAGAGAAUAUUGCCGGAUACUGGGCUAUCAAUAGAAGAUAUGGAGACAUUAAACGAGGAAAAGAUGGAGCAUAUAUGUGGGAUUAUGGAUUGGGACGCAAGCGAAUUGACCAUUGGCCGUAAUAUGGUCUGGUUAAAAUAUGACCUUUGGAAAGUACUAGAAGACACUCUGAGGGCAUUGGAAAAACAAGAAAGAGAGAUUCGAAAAGGCGGAGUCAAUCGCACGUUACCAGCUGAAAAUGAAGCAGGCACAGAAUCACCUAUAGCCCAAUAUUCUCUCAACAAUGACAGUAUGAAUGUGUAUAAUGGUGUGGCUAAUGAAUGUGGUAUCGAAGGAUCGAGUCAAGGAUAUAGCGAGAAUAUACAUGGAACUAAUGAAAGUCAAUGGGAAGAAGAAUUGGAAUGGAAUCAUGCUAAUGGCCUUGGACCAAAUAUGGACAUGAGCAAGAUGGUUGAAGAAACACCAGGGCCACAAGUCGAACAUAUAGAAAAUGUCUCUAUUACUAAAGUGCGUCGGUGGUGGGUUAUAUUUGUUUGGUUGCUGACAUUUUGGAUACCAUCACCUUUCUUACGAUGGUUUGGUAAGAUGGAUCGACCUGAUAUCCAAAUGGCGUGGCGCGAGAAGGUAGCACUUUGCGCCAUUAUCGCCUUUAUGUCAGCAAUAAUACUCUUUGUGAUCGUUGGCCUAGGCGAAAUUGUAUGCCCUGGAACACAGACGAUGUAUUCUAUAGCCAAUGUAAGAGCCCACGGCUUGCCAAACGAUAACUAUAUGAGUAUCAGAGGGGUGGUAUAUGACAUGACAAAAUUUGCAAAAAUGAGCCAUGGUGCGGCUGGAUUAAUUGCUGAUCAAUCUAUGAUGGGUGACUUGGCCGGCUAUGAUAUGUCUUCAUCUAUUCCGCCUCCUUUGACUGUAGCCUGUGCUGGGUUAGUAACGAAUCCAAACAUACGUAUGAUGGCCAACACAUCUGCUAAUCCGCAAGCUUCAUUUAUACAUUAUUCUGGUGAUCAACUUCAGCUCGAUACUUUAAGCGACAUGAAGGAUUCUCAUUGGUACUGGGACAGGUUUCUACCAGCGAUCAAGGAUUUUAAAAAGGGAACGCUAGUGCAUCGUUUAUCUGAUCUUGAAGCAGAUGCUAAUGGCUGGGGCCGUGCCGUAUUAGUCAUUCAUGACAAGGUAUAUGAUAUUCAAGAUUACCUUACAACUGUUCAAUAUUAUGGAGCAGCUGACAAUGAGUACAACUUUCUCUCUGAUGUAGUCAAGGACCUCUUUACGCAUUUCAGUGGAACAGAUGCGACUAGCAAAUGGGAAAUGUACAAAGACAGAAUGUCGCUUGAACAACAGCAGCAAAAUAUGAACUGUUUGGAUAAUUAUUUCUUUAUUGGACAUGUUGAUCCAAGAGACACGGCUCGAUGUAUGUUUACCAAUUAUAUGCUUCUUGCAUGUGCCAUGCUCAUGUGUGCUGUUAUUCUUGUAAAAUUCCUUGCUGCACUUCAAUUUGGAAGCACUCCUAUUCCAGAGGAUCACGAUAAGUUUGUUAUAUGCCAAGUCCCAUGUUAUACAGAAGGUGAAGAGUCGAUCAGAAAGACAAUCAAUUCUCUUGCAGUAAUGAAUUAUGAUGAUAAAAGGAAGCUACUCUUUAUUAUUGCUGAUGGUAUGAUUAUGGGUAGUGGUAAUGACCGUCCGACGCCAAGGAUCGUGUUGGAUGUGCUUGGUUACAAUAUGGCAAAUGAACCAGAACCUCGAAUGUUCAAAUCUGUGGGUGAAGGUUCAAAGCAACUCAACUAUGGUAAAGUAUACUCUGGCUUGUAUGAAUGUGAAGGACAUAUCGUACCGUACAUUGUUGUCGUGAAAGUUGGAAAAGCGUCCGAAAGAGCAAAGCCAGGAAAUCGAGGCAAGCAUGAUUCACAAAUGAUUUGUAUGAACUUCUUGAACCGAGUUCACUUUGAUGGAGAAAUGACACCGUUGGAACUUGAAAUUUAUUAUCAAAUCAAUAACAUUAUUGGAGUCAACCCUUCAUUUUAUGAAUACAUUUUAAUGGUCGAUUCAGAUACAGAAGUUAUGCCACAUUCCCUUAGUUAUCUGAUCUCUUCUAUGUUGCAUGAUGGUCGAAUUAUGGGUAUCUGUGGUGAAACUGCAUUGUCAAAUGAGAACCAGUCGUGGACUACAAUGAUUCAAGUAUACGAAUACUAUAUUUCUCAUUAUUUGGCAAAAGCAUUUGAAUCUCUGUUUGGAUCUGUUACCUGUCUACCUGGUUGCUUUUGUAUGUACAGAGUCAGGACACCCGUCAAAAAUGAACCUCUUAUCAUUUCACCAAAAGUCAUCAGAGAUUACUCUGAAAAUCGAGUAGACACGCUUCACAAAAAGAACUUGCUAUCUCUUGGAGAAGAUCGUUAUUUGACAACGCUCAUGAUGAAGCAUUUCCCUCAAUACAAAAUGAAGUUUACUCCACAUGCUACGUGUCGUACUGUAGCACCAGAUAAAUGGAGGGUCUUGCUGUCACAACGUCGUCGAUGGAUUAAUUCUACAAUUCAUAACCUGCUAGAGGUAGUCUUGUUGCCAGACCUUUGUGGUUUCUGCUGCUUUUCAAUGAGGUUCGUUGUUCUGAUUGAUCUCAUUGGUACUUUGACGCUUCCUGUAUCAUUUGCUUACCUUGUUUACCUUGUCUAUGUCAUGGCAUCGCGCUCUGGUCCGUUCCCUAAGCUUGCCAUUAGUAUACUUGGUGGCAUUUACGCAUUACAAGUUGUUCUUUUCAUUCUGAAGAGGCAGUGGCAGCAUAUCGGAUGGAUGUUCUUUUACUUAUUUGCCAUGCCUAUCUACUCUUUCUUCCUGCCCAUAUAUUCGUUUUGGCAUUUCGAUGAUUUCUCAUGGGGUAAUACUCGUGUCGUUGUAGGCGAAAAGCAACGAAAGAUCAUUGUGACAGAUGAGGAAGAAUUUGAUGAAAAGAUGAUUCCAAUGAAGAAAUGGUCCGUUUAUGAACAAGAGCUGGUGGAUCGAAGUUCGGCAGAUUCCAAGGUGACUGGUCUGAGUGGAGGCACAUACAGGGUAAAUGUCCUAGCAUCACCCUAUCCUGAUCCUUACCUACGACACAGCACAAGCAUGCAUGGAGGAUUGGACUACGGUUACUACCCUGAUGCUUCACAAAGCAUGAACCUUCAUCAGUCAUUUAUGUACAAUAACUUGGAAGGAAGUAAUUCGUUUGUUGCAGGAUCAGAAUACGGCGGGGGCAAAACACCAACAGCAGGUUAUCCUAAUAUCUCGAUGCUAUCCUUUCCACCAAACAUGAUACCAUAUCCUCAAAUGAUGCGACCCACCUCAACAAUGACUCAUCCGGGCCUCGUCGGACAACCGUUCUAUCCUUCUAUGACAGAGCUUCCUACAAAUUAUAACAAAUCAGCCCCUCAACUUCAUGGUGAUAGAACAAGCUACUCCUCCUCUAGAAUGGAUACAUCUGAUAUGCUUAAUCGGCCGCCAACAACAAUGUCAUUUGACCAAGGGAGCGCUGCUCAUCUGCUUGGCACUUUCAAUGAAGAUAAUCUGCCACAAAGCCAGCAAUCAUUCUCAGUCAUGAUGGAACCUUCUCCGUUCCCAUCUGAUGAAAGAAUCUUUGAAGAGAUCAAAAGUAUAAUAGAAACAGAAGAUUUGAUGCAUAUAACUAAAAAACAAGUACGUGAAAGGUUAUCCAAUCUAUUCGGAAUCGACAUGAAUGUUAAAAAAGAAUUUAUCAAUAGUAGCAUACAAAGCAUUCUACUAGAGAAACAGUGAUUCAAUUGUAUAGGCAAACAUCAUUUUGUACACACAAGUCUACAUCUUUUAGAAAUAUCACAAAUCAUCGCAUUUGACUAUUUUAAUUGUUCCAUAUUUCAAAAAU